UGAAAAAUCAGACGAGGCCUUUUCUUUGUUAUUUUUAUAAAUAUGAAAUGGCUAUAAACCGUCUUGAGCAGUUACRCAAUGGUAAUUCAGAAGAACUUGAAGUUUUUCAAGAUUUACAAGAUCUACCAGAAGAUCUAGACAUUGACAGAUUCAAUAAUGGCCGCCAGUUCUUCAGGAAUAAUSUUUUCACCUGUGUGAUAGCGAUGCUUUGCUCAUUAGUGGUAGGUCUAAGUGUAGAGAACCUCUUACAACCUUUGGUUUUCACCAAUCAAUCUAAUACACCAGAAAAAGCUCUUCGUCGAUACUUGAGCACRAUUCGCCAUGUUGCACUGUGGCAUUAUGGGAAUAUUUGGGAUCCAAGGUCAUCGGCUAGAAGAUCAAUAAAAAAGGUUUAUAAGAUGCAUAUAUGUAGCAGAGACAACAUGAAAGAGCAUGACAAAAGUAGAUAUUUUACACAAUUUGACAUGAGUCUUGUGCAGUCAGGGUUUAUUGGUUUAAUUGUCAUGUAUCCCAAAGAACUUGGACUUCACAAUGCAAAAACUCACCUUCAAGAUUUUGUUUACUUCUGGAAAUGGAUYGGAUACYUUUUAGGAAUCCAAARUAACAAUAACAUWUGUAAUAAUGGAAUAGAAGAUGCUUAUGAAAUAUGUAAACAAAUUGAAAAUGAAAUUGUCUACCCAAAACUUGUCACACCUCCAAUGCACUACUGUUCCAUGGCAAAAGCAUUUACGGAUGGWCUAUCAUUACUGACACRUAUUAAGYUGUUUACACCAGACUCUGUUGUUAAUUUUGCUCUUGAUAUGGCAAACAAGAGKCGAGUGUGCAAAGUYAGUUUUAAAGAUGAAUGUCGYAUWWUAKUUUUAAAGGUCACAAUUUUUCUUAUCAAACACUGUUCAUGGUUCAGAAAGAGUGUAAAUAGAUUGACAGAGUGUUUGAUUGUCCCAAAACARUUCAUAUUCUGAUUAAAUAAUAACUGCUAUUGAUAAAUCAGAUAAAUAAAGCUCUAUUACAUGUAACACAAGACCUGCUAACAGUCCUACAUGGAGUAUCUUAUCAGGUAAUGAUAAAAACAAUGUCUGCUUGCUGUGAAUAUCUCAGAAAGGAAUUCUUUUAAGUCUUAAAAGACUUCAAAAGCAAUCAAACCAUUUAUAACUCUUUUAGAGUCAGUUUUGGGCUGCAAAAGGAGGGAAAGUGCUCUCCUCUGUUUAUAUCUUGUCAACCUCUUUAAACAUGCUCUGACGUCAUAGUGCAAGAAGGGUAAAGUGGAUUUCACGACAAUUCACAUCAAUUAAAUCUCAGUAGUUUACAAUGAACUAUAUACCAGCUUAAAUCUCUUUAAAGAACAAUCGAAUCUAUAUAACACGUGCCAAACACGUGAUCAACAAAGGACACAAUGGGCGACACGUGUGUGUAAAAGUGUACAAUAACGAAUAAGGCGCCAAAAUAUGCGAAACAAAACAUGAAACAUAUGUUAGUGUAGACCAGUCGGACUUUGUAAGAAAGAUUUAAAGGUUUCACUAAAAAUARAACAUUACUGAACAUUUCCUAAU